AUGUCCCACUGGUACCCACAGCCAGGCGGCACCAGUUGGCCGUCAGUUGCCGACUGGCAGGACAAGGCUUGGCUGUCCAGGGCAGUGGCCAGUGAAAGAAACUCCGGUCCAGGUGGAACAAGAGAAAUGGAAUGGGAGCCGUCUGCCGCAGAAACACCAUCCCGUUCUGCUCUGGAUGGGCUGGGGCUGUCAGCAGAGAUGACUUCUCCUGGCCCUCCAGGACAGGGGGAAGGAGCAGCCUGUGACACUGCUGGGCUGGCGAGACAGGGGGAGCAGGAUGUCCAACCCACCAGCGAUGGACACGAGACCAAACAAGUCCUCCCUGUUUCCAGCAAGUGGGCGGGUGAAGCCGAUGAAUUAUCAUCCCUUCGCUUUCCAGAGAAGCUUUGGAAAAUGGUGGAAAGCGACCAGUUUCAGUCCAUUUGGUGGAGUGACCAUGGAAGAUGCAUUGCCAUCAAUGAAAAGCUCUUCCAAGAGGAGGUGCUGGGCAACGGAGGAUCUCUGCGGGUUUUUGCCACGCAGAACAUCAAGAGUUUCAUUCGGCAGCUGAACCUCUAUGGAUUCACCAAAAUACAACAGGAUUUCGAGAGAUCUGCCUCCCUGCCCGAAUUCCUGGCAGAAGAAGCAGCAGCUGCCGCUCACAGCCAGAUCCUCUACUACUACAACCCCAGCUUCAUCCGAGAACAUCCCCAGCUGCUGGAAAGGUGCCAGAGGAGAGUCGCCCUCAAACGCAGAGCCCAGCACAUACCGGCGAUGGAUGAAGGACGCCCCUCCAGCAGCCCCGGUGCUCAGACUGCGGGGGACCCGCGGGCGUCCCCACCCGCCAAGCGAUGGGCUGAAGCAGCUCCCGGCCCCGGCAGCGCCCGUCCACCUCCAGCGGCAGCUGCUCCCGCGCUCCCGUGGCCCGUCGGAGCAGCCGGCAGGGAGAGGGUCCCCCCGCUGGCCCUCUGCUUCCUGCCACCGCCCGGCACCCAAACCCCGGGUGGCCUCCAGGCUGCUGCUCAGGCUCCUCCACCGUUUGCAGGGGCCACGCUGGCAGCAGCCUCAGCUCUGCUGGGGCCAAGGCCACCCCACUGCCCCACCUGCACCUGCAGAUGCCCCGGUCCUGCACAGUGA